AUGUACUAUAAUUCAAUCAAAAAACAUAAAAGAAAGAAAUCAUCAUUUACAAGACAGUAUUUUGAAAAGGGACUUAAUUCAAAAGGUGAAGAAAUUCAAAUUUAUGUUCACUCUAUUAUUAAUGAUGAUAUUGAAAGUAGAACUUCUAAAAAGUUACGAAAUACUAAAAUUACUGAUUUUAUUAAAUCUCAUCGUCCUCAUCCUAAACAUAUUCAAAAACAACUUGAAGAAGUUCUUCUUAAAUGGAUAUUAAUUACUGAUCAGCUUAUUUCAACAGUUACAAAUUCAGCAUAUAAAAAAAUGAUUUUACAUUUUAAUUUUUCAUUUGAUAUAUCUGGAAAACAAAAAAUCAAAACAAUAAUAUCAAAAACUAAACAUGGAUAUUUAGGUGUUACUGCAACAUGGAUUACAUCAAAUUUUAAAAUUAAAGAUGUAAUACUAGAAAUAAAAUAUACUCUUUUUCCUCACACAGCUAAAACUAUUGCUGAAUUACUUUAUCAAU